AUGGUUUCCAACACCGUGAUCAUUACGGCAGGUCGAAAAAACGCGACAGAAACCGAUGCUUUGAAGCGUAUUCGUGAGUUUUUGGAGGCUGAAGUGUUGCAACGGUUCAACGUCACUGAAGCGAACCCUUUGAAACUCGUGGCUCUGCCUACAUUGAAUAGAUGCAUUCUGGUGUGUCCAUCGCUCGAGUUGGCAGAGCAGGCCGUUAUGUUGCACUCACAAUGGCCCCAGUUGAAAGGGUUUCAGUUUCGGUACUCUGCAUUAGAUGCACCAAACUCGACCGAAAAGCAGUUUUUGGAACUGCCAAAACAACUCGCAUUGUUUCUGGUAUCGCCACCAACAUCCCCACCGCCCGGAUUCGAUUUCUCGCGUUUGGAAGAGGCGCCCAAUCGUGUUCGUGGACUCAAAGCAUCGGGUCACGUGCCUCUGGUUUUUCAGUCUCAAAAUCAGCCUCAGCAGCAGUAUAGCUGCAAUUCCCAUCAAAUUCUCCUGAACCACUCCCAUACGCCUAUAACGCUUGAUGUAGCCCCAGUUAUCGACGAAGACCACCAUGACGCGGCCACACAAAACAUUCGCGUACACAGUGAUGGGGUUCUGAAUUCAUCAUCACAGUUACCAUCAAUUUCCCAGUUUCGAACCGCCGUGCCACCGCGUUCGAUAUUUGACGACGUCGAUUAA